AAGUUACUCGAUCGAAUGCUGAACGUUUUAUAAGCUGAUAAUGGUGAGACCUCUUCUGUUCUAGGCUUGUUGUUAGUAAUAUAAGCAGCAAGCAAGCUCCACCACACUUGUGAGAUACGUGAUUAUCCACUGAAAAGGCCUAAUUUUGAGUGGAGAUUCUUGGCGAUCAGUUCUCCACGACUCCAGAUGAGAAGUCUUGUAUGUGAAUACAACAAGGAAACCAUUAAAUAUAACCUAGCUUAAAUGCUAGGCAUGGUACCAUAUUCCCAUAUAGAUUCUCCUUCCAAAAGACUGCACUUAUUAUAUAAGCAGAGUUACACACACAUCAAAGAUCAACCAACAUAAAAAGCGAUGGCUCAGAUGGCGAAAUCCAUGAUAGAAGUGGAGAUCAAAGUGUCAGCUGAUAAGAUUUUCCAAGCUAUCAAGGCUACUUCUCGCAGCGUACCAAAACUAUCUCCAGAGAAAAUACUUAGCGUGGAGGAGCAAGUCGGUGAUGACACCAAGAACUGGACUUUGUCUGUCGAUGGAAAAGUGGAGAAGAUGAAGGAGAGAGUUGAAAUAGACGAGGAAAACAAAUCAAUGACGGUGUUUGUGUUCGAUGGAGAUGUAAUGGAAAACUACAGUAGCUUCAAAUGCAACCUUCAGAUUAUACCGAAGCUCCAUGGGAGAAGUAUAGCGAGAUGGAGCUGGGAAUACGAGAAGCUUAACUCAGAUUCUCCAGCUCCUAACAAGUAUAUGGACUUUGCGGUCUAUCUCACUAGAGAUAUCGAGUCUAGUCUUCUCAAAACGUAAAGAUGCAAGUUAUAGAUGUGUUGCUUUGUUUAUAACAAUGGUUGCAUCUCUUUAUGCCAUGUGUGUACGUGCGGAAGUUACAUGAAUAAAAGUUUGAAGGGGGUUGUGUUUUGACGUUAGUAUACCUAGUUCUUUUUAUUAUGAAAUAAUAUCGUGUAAUCCA